CGCAAAGAGCUCUACGGCGUGCUGCGUCGUUACUUUUGAAACGAUUGGCGGGGAACUGCAGCGGGAGCCGCCGGGGUAGCUUUCUGCGGGGUGGGAGUGUGAGUCCUUGUCCGCGGGCUUGGCUAUGGCGCUGCAGCUCUCCCGGGAGCAGGGCAUCACCCUGCGCGGGAGCGCCGAAAUCGUGGCCGAGUUCUUCUCUUUUGGCAUCAACAGCAUUUUAUAUCAGCGAGGCAUAUAUCCAUCUGAAACCUUCACUCGAGUGCAGAAAUAUGGACUCACGUUGCUUGUAACUACUGAUCAUGAGCUCAUAAAAUACCUAAAUAAUGUGGUGGAACAACUAAAAGACUGGUUAUAUAAGUGUUCAGUUCAGAAACUGGUGGUAGUCAUCUCAAAUAUUGAAAGUGGCGAGGUCCUUGAAAGAUGGCAAUUUGAUAUUGAGUGUGACAAGACUGCAAAAGAUGACAGUGCACCCAGAGAAAAGUCUCAGAAAGCUAUCCAGGAUGAAAUCCGUUCGGUGAUCAGACAGAUCACAGCCACAGUGACAUUUCUGCCACUGUUGGAAGUUUCUUGUUCAUUUGAUCUGCUGAUUUAUACAGACAAAGAUUUGGUUGUACCUGAAAAAUGGGAAGAGUCAGGACCACAGUUCAUAACCAACUCUGAGGAAGUUCGUCUUCGUUCGUUUACUACUACAAUCCACAAAGUAAAUAGCAUGGUGGCCUACAAAAUCCCUGUCAAUGACUGACGGUGAGAUGAGGAAGAUAAUGUAAUUGUAGUCCUCAAAUGUGGUUUUCCAGAAACCAAGUCACCUAUGGUUGAUAUGUUUCAUUUCAUUGGUUAAUUUUGGAAGGGGAAAACUGACAUUAUACUUUACCAAACUGUGCAUAAUUGUUCCAUUUUUAUUGGUACCUAUUCGGCUUAUCAUAGGAUUGACAUAAUGAAUUUGUUGCAUAUUUUUCAAAAGGAACCAACAGGUUUUGUCAGCAUUGUAAUGUCAGUUCCCUUGAAGGUGGUAACUGUAGAUGGAAAAACUUUUACUAUAAAGCUAAAAACUUUCCUAAAUCAGACAUUUGGUCAAGUAACUUGACUCAGAGUAUAGGUAGGGAGAUAUUUAAAUAUAAGAUACAGCAAAAGAAGUCUGAAUAUUCAGAAUUUUUGUUUAAAUCCUGAAAGUAACUAAUAAUAGUUCAUGAGUAAUGAAAUAUUACUCUAUUAGGUUCUUUUGUCAUUUAUUUUAUUGUAUAAUUCCCAUAUUGAAUAAAUUUCCAAUUAUUUGAUUUUAAUUUAUAUAACUUGAACCUAUGAAGCAAUGGAUAUUUCUGUAUAAUUUCCUGUGAUACAGAGCUCUUAAAAAUGUUUUUUGUGUGUUUUAUAAAAUCAAGCUUUAAAUGAAAAUGAGGAAAUAAAGUUAAACUUGUAUGUUUUAAAUUUGUCUUAAAA